GAGUGUUGCUGGGUUUUCACUUGACUGUUGCAACAGAAGUGGGACAACUUGUGAGGACAAGAUUAUUCAACGCAACAGACGAAUUGAAUACUUUUAAACAGAAUUUCCAUUUAUAAAACAGAGCCGAUGAGAGGGAGUUACUUCGGAGAAUUGAAAAAUCUUGCCUGCAAGAUUGGACGGGUCGAACGAAUUGAUCGGAUCGACCGUUUUCAUUUCUACGGGAUACGCAGUAAGGAGUGUGUCUCCCUCGGCCGGUCCCAAAGGUGUGUUCCCACCAAAGGACAAUGUCCGGUCAAGGAAAUGAAAUUGCAGAUGAUCAAAAUGAAAAUUCAAGAAAUGAAUCACCGAAGUGGACAAGAUCCCAAAUUUUCACACUAGUCUCUGCAGCAUCACUGAACUUUAGUUCUAUGAUUUGUUAUUCAAUUUUGGGACCUUUCUUUCCAAAAGAGGCAGGAAGGAAAGGAGCCAAUGACACUGUUGUUGGAAUGAUUUUUGGAUGUUUUGCUUUAUUUAAUCUUAUAUUUUCACUGCUACUAGGAAAAUAUAUUGUUCAAAUCGGAGCAAAAUUUAUGUUUGUCUCUGGAAUGUUCAUUUCUGGCUGUUGUACUAUCCUUUUUGGCCUAUUGGAUAAAGCUCCAGAUGGACUUGUAUUUAUCGUUUUGUGUUUCGUCGUAAGAUCAAUGGAUGCAAUAGGGUUUUCUGGGUGCGUUACUGCAUCAUUUUCAAUUCUUGCUGCAACAUUCCCAAACAACAUAGCCACGAUAAUGGGACUUCUAGAAAUAUUCGCUGGGCUUGGUCUAGUAAUGGGUCCACCUAUUGGAGGUUUUCUGUACCAGAUGUUUGGAUAUGAAGUUCCUUUCAUUGCAGUAGGAUGUAUCGCUCUUUCAAUGGUACCUUUGAACAUGGGUAUUUUACCAAAUUAUGGUGGAAUUGCCAGCAGUGUGUCAUUUUGGAAACUACUUGCAAUCCCCAAAGUAACACUUGUGUGCCUGAUUGUAUUUUCUGUAAGUUCUUGUAUUGGCUUUCUGGAUCCGACCAUACCGCUGUUUCUAACUCAGAAGUUCAACUUGCACUCUGGAUAUAUAGGACUAGUAUUUCUAGGAUUCGCUGUGUCAUAUGCUCUGUCCUCUCCAUUACUUGGAUAUUUAAGUGAUAAUCUACCAAGAAUUAGGAAGUGGCUACUGCUUGUUGGAAGUUGGCUUAUUGCUGUUAGCUUUUCAUUUUUGGGACCAGCACCUAUUUUUCAUAUCAAGUGCCAGCUCUGGAUGUUUGUUUUGAUGCUGGUAUUCAGUGGGUUUUCACUCAGUUUGAGUGGAAUUCCGGUUUUCCCAGAAAUCAUCACCUGUGUUUAUGAGAAUGGAUUUGAAGAGGGACUUGGUACUUUAGGUCUAGUGUCUGGAAUAUUUGGAGCAUGGUGGUGUCUUGGGUCAUUUGUAGGACCAACGCUGGGUGGAUACCUAUAUGAAAAAUUGGGUUUUGAGUGGGCUGCAGUCAUACAAGGAAGCUUUCCGCUGUUUUUUGGUUCCCUGCUGGGUUUGUACUUUAUAGUGGUAACAUUUCACAAAAGGAGGUCGGUCUCUGGGAUUCACGCCGACGAAGAGCGAGCACCACUGAUACCAAAUUGAAUUUGGACAUUUUAACGGGUUUGAAUGGACUACAGUUGUCUUUCAGACAACCUUUAGACAUCCUUGUGUUUCAAAUAGUCUUUACUAACUCGGUCUUUACACAACUCAGUUAUAUUAAUUCUGCAAUUUGCCUGUAAUAGAUUAAAAUGAAUUUUAUAUUAUUGUCAUCAAAUAUACUAUAUCAGGGUAGCACAGUUGAUCAGUGGUUAGCACUGCAGCCUCACAGCACCAGGGACCCGGGUUCGAUUCCUCCCUGAUGGAGCUGUCUCUGUGUGGAGUUUGCACAUUCUCCUUGUGUCUGUAUGGGUUUCCUCCCACAGUCCAAGAUGCACAGGUUAGGUGGAUUGGCCAGGCCAAAUUGCCCAUGUUUAAGCUAGUUGGGUUAGCUGUGAGAAAUGCAACAGCAAUGGGGUGGGUUUGGGUGUGAUACUCUUAGAGGGAUGGUGUGGACUUGAUGGGCUGAAUUCCACACUUGAGCGAUUUCUGAUUCUGAUGUCAAGCAGUGUUCUGCUGUAGAAAUCAUGAUUUUUAAUUGUUAAGGAUAAUAAAUACAAUAUAAUUUCGUUCUGUCUAUUUCGUGUAAUUUGACGAUCCUGAUCACAAUUUUCUUGUCACUAAUAAAGUAAUAAAACGACCAGUUUAUUUUUUUUA